AUGAGUGGGAGAAUUUUCUGGAGCGAAUUGGUCGAGGUGAUAGUGGUGAUAACGACAUUCAGGAAGGCUCCAGUGACGCCUUGGAGCUUCGGUUUUGGGCAUCUUACCGGGGCCAAACUCUAGCUAGGACAGUGCGUGGUAUGAUGUAUUACAGAAGGGCAUUAAUGCUACAAAGUUACUUGGAAAGGAGAUCGCUAGGAGGAGUGGAUGGUCAUUCUCAGACAAGCUCUCUCACGAGUCAAGGGUUUGAAUUAUCGCGAGAAGCACGGGCUCAAGCUGAUUUGAAGUUUACUUAUGUGAUUUCAUGCCAAAUUUAUGGGCAGCAAAAACAGCGAAAGGCUCCAGAGGCUACUGAUAUUGGUCUUUUAUUGCGAAGGAAUGAAGCACUUCGUGUUGCUUUCAUACAUGUUGAGGAAAUUGCUGGGGAUGAUGGGAAAGUUUCAAAGGAAUUUUAUUCAAAGCUUGUCAAAGCUGAUGCACAUGGGAAAGAUCAGGAAAUAUAUUCAGUCAAGCUUCCUGGAGAUCCAAAACUUGGUGAAGGCAAACCAGAAAACCAAAACCAUGCAAUAAUAUUUACCCGUGGGGAAGCGGUUCAAACAAUUGAUAUGAAUCAGGAUAACUACCUUGAGGAAGCAAUGAAAGUCAGAAAUCUUCUCGAGGAAUUCCACGGUAAACAUGGGCUCCGACCACCCACUAUUCUUGGUGUUAGGGAGCAUGUUUUUACUGGAAGUGUCUCUUCGCUCGCUUGGUUUAUGUCCAACCAGGAAACCAGUUUUGUCACCUUGGGCCAACGUGUUUUAGCAAAGCCUCUCAAAGUUCGCAUGCACUAUGGACAUCCUGAUAUCUUUGAUCGAAUCUUUCAUAUCACGCGGGGUGGCAUUAGUAAAGCAUCACGUGUUAUCAACAUUAGUGAGGACAUCUAUGCCGGUUUUAAUUCCACUUUAAGGCAGGGAAAUAUUACCCACCAUGAGUAUAUUCAGGUUGGAAAGGGAAGAGAUGUUGGGUUAAAUCAAAUAGCUUUAUUUGAAGGCAAGGUAGCUGGUGGAAAUGGAGAGCAAGUUCUGAGCAGGGAUGUGUACAGGCUUGGCCAACUUUUUGAUUUCUUUAGGAUGCUCUCGUUCUUCUUCACAACAGUUGGUUAUUAUGUUUGUACAAUGAUGACAGUCCUUACUGUGUAUAUUUUCUUAUAUGGAAGAGCAUAUCUGGCUUUCUCUGGACUUGAUGAAGGAAUAUCAAAGAGAGCUAAACUUUUGGGUAACACUGCACUAGAUGCUGCUUUGAAUGCUCAAUUUUUUGUUCAAAUAGGGAUUUUCACUGCAGUUCCCAUGAUUAUGGGUUUCAUUCUUGAACUUGGGUUACUAAAGGCCGUCUUCAGCUUUAUUACAAUGCAGCUUCAGUUUUGUUCUGUCUUCUUUACCUUUUCGCUUGGGACUAGGACUCACUAUUUUGGGCGCACCAUCCUCCAUGGUGGUGCAAAGUACCGGGCGACUGGACGAGGUUUUGUUGUUCGUCACAUCAAGUUUGCGGAAAACUAUAGGCUUUACUCUAGAAGUCAUUUUGUUAAAGCGUUGGAAGUGGCUUUGCUUCUUAUAGUAUACUUGGCAUAUGGUUACAGUAAUGGAAGAACUACUUCAUUCAUCUUGCUAACUCUCAGCAGUUGGUUCCUUGUUAUUUCAUGGCUAUUUGCUCCUUACAUCUUCAAUCCCUCUGGAUUUGAAUGGCAAAAGACUGUUGAGGACUUUGAUGAUUGGACCAACUGGCUGCUGUACAAGGGUGGAGUAGGUGUCAAGGGAGACGACAGCUGGGAGUCCUGGUGGGAUGAAGAACAGAUUCAUAUCCAGACUUUGAGAGGACGGAUACUAGAAACAAUAUUGAGUCUCAGAUUUUUUGUCUUCCAGUAUGGCAUUGUCUAUAAACUCCAUUUGACUGGAAAGGACACCUCUCUUGCGAUAUAUGGCUUUUCUUGGAUUGUACUGGUGGGAAUUGUGAUGAUUUUCAAGAUCUUUACCUUCAGUCCUAAAAAGUCCACCAACAUCCAUCUCAUGCUGCGAUUUUUUCAAGGAGUUACAGCUUUGGGACUUGUUGCAGCUCUUUGCCUCGUUGUGGCUCUUACUGACCUAUCUGUUCCUGAUUUGUUUGCUAGUGUGCUCGCCUUUGUUGCUACUGGUUGGGCCGUCCUUUGUCUGGCAAUCACAUGGAGGAGGGUAGUGUGGAGUUUGGGUCUGUGGGAAUCUGUAAAGGAAUUUGCUAGAAUGUAUGAUGCUGGGAUGGGCAUCAUUAUCUUUGCUCCGGUGGCAAUAUUAUCGUGGUUCCCAUUUGUCUCUACCUUCCAGUCACGUAUACUCUUUAACCAAGCAUUCAGUCGUGGUCUGGAGAUCUCUCUCAUUCUUGCUGGAAACAAGGCAAAUGUUGAGCCCUCGGCAUUUUAGUUCUUAUAUGAAGCCCUAUAACCAUGUAGAAUUUGUAUAGUUGAGCAGCAAAUUGUUAGAUUGUAUCAUAUGCCUUUUGUCUAAUUAUUUCAUAGUUAGGGUACUCUAAAAUUGUGAGUACAUUAACUAGUGUAGAUAUUACUUUGGCAUCUGAAGGUGCCAUCUGUAGUUUUGAUGUAACAUUUUGGCCAUUUAGCCUGGAAAAUGGUAUACCUGAAGAUGGAUCGUCAUUUCCCCUGGUUUUAGUUGUUGGGUUAUGGAAUUCGAUCUGGUUUUAGUGGUGGACUGGAAAACAGAAUUUAUCUUGCACGUAGUGAGGAUAAUGACAUUUUGCUCCUUUUUUGUAUGUCA